CCGGCUUUUUACCUGUUUAGCAACCUCACUGGGCGCUUUUUCUAUUGCCGCCGACACCGCCCAGGCGAUCGAGCACGGCCGCAGCUUCUCCUUUGCCGCACUGAAAGACGAAAUUCUGGGGUACUGCGCCACAGGGGGAAGUCCAAGUGACCAGCUGCAACAGCUCGACCUCCACCAGAAGAACAUCCACGAUUUGAGCGAAAAUUUUCGCUCGCAUCAGGGACUUCUGAACUUCAUGGCAGCGCUCGUGCGCCCAGUGGUCGAACUCUUCCUAUCAAAUGCAAAUAUGUCUGGGUCUGGAAGAGUGGGAGGUUUGUCAUGCAUCUCGUGGAUCACAACGAUGCUCUGGAAUGCAACCAGAAGCAUCACAAAUUUUGCAAGAGCAUCCUAAUGCCAAUUAGGGAUGAGAAGCCUGCCUUUUGUUUGGCGAGAAAUGGGUAACUUUCGCGGUUCAUGCAACACAGAUUUUUUCACGAUUGAGAUUUAGCAUGCCAAGUUUGGACUCUUCCAGACCCAGACAUAUUUGCUAUGCAUACUUCCCUGACACCGAUGAUUUGCCGCGUGAGUGGUCCAAGAAAACAGGAACAGCCCCGACGAUGGUGGUGGGUGCGCCGCCGGAUCAGUUGCUGGAUAUUUUGGCUCCGAGGACCAAUUUGCCGCUUCGCCUCACGACGGACCACAUGGUCAUCGUGCCGAAUGAAGCGCAGCGGCUGCUCGCUGCACAGUACUUCGAAGGCGAAAUUUACACCGUCCGCGAGUGCAAGGGGCUCGGCCGCAAGGACGUGCUUUUGUGGAACUGUGUGCGGCACGACGCAUCGCAGCCCGACGAUGCAAAAGCGUACGACCGUCUCUGGCCCGACGUUCUGGACUUUGUCCGCCGGAGGUUGCAGGACUUUGCGGCCCAAGGCGACGGACGGGAAGUGGCUUUUGACAGCACGCGCAGCAAGAAUCCCCUUGGACUCGACGCGGACCGGUCGCUGUUCGCCAUUAAGCUGAAAGGGUUGUACACGGGGGCAGCGCGCCCCAAGCAAUCCUUGCUGAUCUACGAGUCGGAGGCGAGUGUCGGCUCCGAAACGCUCCGGGAAUACUUUUUGAAGCUCUUUCCCGAGUACGACAAACAGCGGCGGCGCUUCGAGCAGACGGCUCACCCGAACCAAGAGUCCGAUCGGGGGAAGCCCAUUCUGUACUACUACGACGAAGCCCGUGCAUCGUUGCUGCGGCAGCACUACGCCGGGUUUUCCUUUGACCACAGCUGGACCCGGGAGAUCGACGCGAUGCAGCGCCAGAUCUACGAUUUGGAGUGUCAGGGUAAGUACCUGGAAGCGCUCCUACUCACCCGCGAGAGAAGCUCACAGGGGUUUGACGGCUUUAUUGACAGUAGCACCAACACGCACCGCGGGCGCCCUCCGAGCGGAAUGUAUGCGGUCGCAGGUACGGCCGCGCAAGACGUUGCGCAAAGGUGCGCGUGGAGCGCCAAAUUUCGCGACACCGAGCAGCUCCUGUCGAAGCAGGUGCGCGAGUUCAGUUUCUUCGACGAUAAGCGCGUAUUGUGUCUUCAGGCAGGCGCGGAUGCACAGAAGGCGAUAGAGUUGCUAAAGCCGCUGGGAGUCGGUGUGAAGGAC